AUGAAGAAAAGGUUUGUAGCUCGCUCCUUGUUCAAAAUGUCAAGUCCCAACCCUUUGGCGAGGCUGGAGCAGCGAGCCGCAGAGGCUGACCAGAUCAUCGAGUACCUCAAACAGCAAGUCCAGUUGCUCAAGGAGAAAGCCAAUGUCCAGGCCAGCAUCCGAGAGGAGAAGAAACUGCUGGUGGAAAACGCUAAGCUGAAGCAGGACAUAGAAGACUUGAAAAAACAGCUGUUGGAAAAAGAGAAGAGGAGGGGAGUGCGUGAUGUUGCUGUGCCUUCAGUGGAAGUCUCUGUGAAUUCUAAUGCUACACCAUCUCAACCUGCUGCCCCUGCACACGCUGUCAGCUCUGCCACCAAAGUCCAGAGUCCUCCACCUAAAGAUGAAGGGAAUGUUAAGAAAAAGCCAGAGAAAAAAGAGAAAAAGCCACAGCAGGUGGCGACAGCCGGUCAGGACGACACUAAGGUGGACGUGUCUCGGCUGGACAUGCGAGUUGGACGCAUUGUGACGGCGGAGAAGCACCCGGACGCAGACAGUUUGUAUGUGGAGCAAGUGGAUGUCGGGGAAGCUCAACCCAGAACAGUGGUUAGCGGGCUCGUCAAGUACGUGCCUUUGGAUCAGAUGCAGAACCGCAUGGCAAUUCUACUAUGUAACCUAAAACCUGCCAAGAUGAGAGGGGUGACGUCCCAGGCCAUGGUUAUGUGCGCCAGCUCGCCAGAGAAGGUGGAAAUCCUUGAUCCUCCAAGCGGUGCCGUGCCAGGGGAUCGAGUCACUUUCCAGGGCUUUCCAGGUGAACCCGACAAAGAGCUGAACCCCAAAAAGAAAGUGUGGGAACAGAUUCAGCCGGACCUGCGCACAGACGACCAGUGUGUGGCGACCUACAAAGGGGCGCCGUUCGAAGUGGCCGGCAAGGGAGUGUGUCGGGCACAGACCAUGAGCAACAGCGGUAUAAAAUAA